AUGCACUUCACCAAGGCUCUUUUCUUCCUUCUGGCCCCUGUCGCCCUCGCUGCGCAGGCUGCUCCUGCCCCUGAACCAACCAGUACCAGCACACUCACCCUGACUGUGACUCUGGCUCCCUCGGGUUACACCUCCACUCCAACUGUGACCCCUACCUCCACUCCUCACAGCACCAGCACUCCGCUGAAGUCAAGCUCCAGCUUCAUCCGAAGCCCAUCUUCCACUCCUCUGGCCCGCCCUACCGGCCUCGUCCUGAUCGAGACCUCUGCCAGCGGUGCCAGCGCAACCACUACUGCCAGCCCGUCGUCCACUCCUGCUGGCACCAAUGCCGGUGUUGGUCGCCAGGUCCCAGGUGCUGUCGCGGCUGGUGCGCUGGCCGUCGCCGGCUUCUUGCUAGCCUAA